AUGGCAUCAAAAAAACAAAUGUUUGCUAUAGCUGGUGGUGUACUCUUGUAGGUGAAAAUUUCGUAACAGUAUGGAUGUGAGUGAUCCUUUAAUCCAAACCCACACCCUUGGAGCCAGAGAUCAUUACAGAGCAUUUUUUUUCUGUCCGAUCCUGUUAGCAGUGCAUGAAGUUUUCUUCUACCUUGUUCUGAGAAGUUCAUGAUUUAUUCUAUACUCAAAAACAAAGAAUAUGGAUGUGGGCCGGAAACACGACAAAAAAGAUUGACAUCUAUACCUACACUCUUAUAUAUACAGAAAACAAAAGAUAAUCGGUAACUGAUAAUAAAGAUUGUCGAUAAUGUUUAUGAUGGAAAAAAUAGAGACAUGGUUAGUUUAUAGUUAUGUCUCAUGUGACUAUACAAAAAAUUGAAAAUUUUGUCUGGAAAACGUUGGCUUAAAAAUGAUUACGUGACUCGCCAAGGCAAAAUAAUUUGUUCUGUCCUGCCUUGCAUCGUGUUAUAUCUGUCCCGAGGAUGUGAAAGACAGUCCUGCUGCCCUGAUGUGAUGAUGGUCUCUGGUUAGAGUUGAUGAGCUAUGACUGGUACAAUUGUCAGCCAUAUAUUAUCACUGAUAAAGUCAAUAUUUUCUUUUGGUUCAAAGAUUAUGUCAGAAGACAGUUUCUUUCACGACUUGUUUAAAAAAUCUUAUAUUUUUCAGUGAUAGAAAGUGAUGGCAAAUUCAAUUACUUAGAAAAACUCUAAAAGACUACCUUAUUGUUUUUAGAGAUUUUUUUCCUUUUAUAUGAAAAUUAAAGUGUUUUUAGAAGAAGAAUAAUGAGAAAAACUAGUUCUAAGUACAAAAUUACGGUUCUAGGACUUUUCGUUGCAGGACAAAUCGUUGCGGACAAAUCGU